AUGGAUACUAUUUGGAAGCAACGAAGACACUUUGCACAACAGACGCGCUAUUCCGAUAGCAUUGGCAGGCAGAGACACAGUCAAGCCGACACAGUUGCAUGUAAUGGGGAAUGA